CAUACGGCGGAAAUUUCAAAAUGGCGACUGAAUUGUCAACAGAUGAUACACCGCAAAAACAAAACUUAAAGAUAGAUUGCAAAUGUUGCAGAUCAGUUGUAGCUCUUUUACAAGUCACAGAAAAUCAUAUCAUGAAGUUAUUCGAAGAUCAAAAUGAAAAUCACCUCAUUGGUACAGACGUGUUUCAGACUUACAAAAAAUUGAUGAUGUCAAAUAUUCUGAUGAAAGGUGAACCUGUAACAAAAUAUGAUGCUGCUCUUGACACCACUACAGAGUUUGAACCAUUUGAUGUAGAGAAAGAGAAAUACAUACAACAUGAUUUGAUGGAACGUUUAGACAGACACUUUGUCAGUACAACAAGGUUAAGAAAAUCAGCAUCUAAGCAAGUUAGACGGAAAGUAAAGUCCUUGAUAAGACCAGAGCUAAAAUAUGUGGCUUUAGUAUCAGUUGAUACAAAGUCAGAGAGAGAAAAUUGUAUGGAAACAGACACAGCAAAUGUUUGUGGUUCUGUUAAUCUUGAGGAAGUAGAAGAAAGAGUACAAGGAGCUGUGGAUACAUGUUCAUAUAACAAACAAUUUUGUGGAGAUAUGCUACAAAAAGCAAGGGACAUUUCUCAAGCAAUGCAGAUAUUUAAACAGUCAGAGAAAAGUGAAAUAGUGAAGGCAAUGUACGAGACUCCACCAAAUACACCGGUUGCCAAAAAUGGACUUGACAAACAGUUGGAAAGUUCACGGAAAAUAUCAAAGAAGCUAUUACCGUAGAUGAAAUAGGUUGUUGUUAUAACUAUAAAAAAAAAUUCUAGAUCUGGCAAGCUGCUGUUGUCAUUGCUUGUGUCAUUGUGUAAGGACAAGAUUAAAAAACUGAUAGAUAUAAUAUAGAUUUGUAGAUGGAUGUUUUUGAAAGGAACAAUUCAUUUUCAUAUUUAUUACCAGGAAGAGUUCCAUGUUGUGUAACUUAUAAAAUAUGUUAUAUUUAUACAAAAUGAAUUUUCAUCUUAACUAAAAUUUGAUUAAGUUUUUUUAUGCCCCCACAAUGUGGGAGCAUAUAGCGUUGCACUUGUCCGUCCGUCAGUCCGUACGUCCCGAAAUCUUGUGAACGCAACUCCUCUUAAACCGGUUGGCAGAUUUUGCUUAAACUUACAGGGAUGAACAACCUUAAUGUGUAGAUGGUAGUAAAGGAAGGAAUUUUCGCUGCGACCAAAUUUAACAGAAUUUUGGCCCUUUGUUGAUUUUUUCACUAGAUACUAUGUAGAAAUUUUGUGAACGCAACUCCUCUUAAACCGGAUGGCAGAUUUUGCUUAAACUUACAGGGAUGAACAACCUUAAUGUGUAGAUGGUAGUAAAGGAAGGAAUUUUCGCUGCGACCAAAUUUAACAGAAUUAUGGCCCUUUGUUGAUUUUUUCACUAUAUACUAUGUAGAAAUUUUGUGAACGCAACUCCUCUUAAACCGGAUGGCAGAUUUUGCUUAAACUUACAGGGAUGAACAACCUUCAGGUGUAGAUGGUAGUAAAGGAAGGAAUUUUCGCUGUGACCAAAUUUUACAGAAUUAUGGCCCUUUGUUGAUUUUUUCACUAUAUACUAUGUAGAAAUUUUGUGAAUGCAACUCCUCUUAAACCGGAUGGCAGAUUUUGCUUUAACUUCCAGGGAUGAACAACCUUAAUGUGUAGAUGGUAGUAAAGAAAGGAAUUUUUGCUGCAACCAAAUUCAACAGAAUUAUGGCCCUUUUUUUAUUUUUUCAUUAUAUACUAUGUAGAAAUUUUGUGAACGCAAAUUCUCUUAAACCAGAUGGCAGAUUUUGCUUAAACUUCCAGGGAUUAAGAACCUUAAUGUGUAGAUGGUAGUAAAGGAAGGAAUAUCGCUGCGACCAAAUUUAACAGAAUUAUGGCCCUUUGUUGAUUUUUAGUUUUCAACUUGUGGCACAUGUAGUCCAAAAAAUAUUUGACCUAGAGUCAUAAGAUUGACAGAACAGUGGCGUGUGGGGGCAUCCGUGUCCUAUGGACACAUUUCUAGUUUAAGCUAAAUUCUAAAAGCAUGAGAGCCUGACUAUUGAAAUCAAUUACAUGUACAUACAUAUACACACAUCUUUGUACUUUUCAUGGUUAACCUUUAACCUGCUUUGAGUGGAGUGAUUAGUCAUUGCCACCAAUAUAGUGCCAGGACAGAGCUACACCACUGUGCCGUCUGACCAGGCUAUUUACUGUUGGUAGAUAACUUUUUUGAUAUUUUUAUAUAGGCUUAUCAUUCAUCAAAGGUUGACAGUAAUUAUUCCCCUCUCUCUCUCCCUCCCUCUCUUUCUCUUUUUCUCUCUCUAUCUCUCCUCAUAUUAAAGGAACUCCACUGAGGUCUAAAAGUCUGAAAACAUAGAAUAUUUGAAUUUCUUGUAUUGAUUGGCAACAGAAAGAUAGAUAGGCAAAAGCUGAUUAAAAUAUAUACCCAGAAAUAUAUAUGUAUUUUUGUCUUAUUCUUAGCCGGAUUUGAGUGAAAAGGGAAUUUUGGAUCAUUUGUCAGUCCCUUCAUGUCAAAAAAACCUCAGUGUGAGUCCCUUUAACCAUAAGCCUGUGAUUAGCCUUUGCCACCAGGAUAGAGAGCUAGGCUAGCCUAGAUAUCUGGCAGUGUGACCAGGCUUUUUACUGUUUAUAACUCAAUUUUUGUAUUGAUUUUGAAAUCAAUGACUUUUUCAAAUUUAAAGCUUAGCAAAUCCAUCACAGCUGGUUAAGGAUAAAUUCUCAUAUUCUUUAGCAUGACUGGACAAUGUAUUAUUCAUAGUGAUAAUACUAUUGACUUGAUUUGUAAAUAUUAUAAAAUUAAAUGCAUAUGUGGUAACAGAAAAUUCGGGAAAAACUGUUGGUUGGGAAUGGUAUAUUAUUUUUUACUUAGUCUACUUGUUCCUGCCUGUUCAUGUACUACAGAUUUUACACUGAAUCGUGCCAACAAAGGCUCUAUCUUACACAUAUUUAUUGUUACUUUGUUAAGAGUACUACAAUAUUAGUGGAUAUGUUUUGUUGUUGUGGCAGAGGGGUAACAAGGUCGGGCAGUAGUCUAUUUAAAACAGUAAACAGGGGCAGUAACUGACAAAAUUGAUAAACUUUUAUAAUAUUUUAUUCAUACAAUCAGUGC